AUGCGUUACGAAGGUGGUGGUGGUGGUGCAGCAGGAGGAGGAGGAGCAGGAGGAGGAGCAGCAGCAGCAGGACCUCCUUCUGCUGCUGCUGCUGCUGCUGCUGCCUACGAAGGACUAAAAAGAAGAAUAAUUACAAUUGGUGAUGAUGUUUGUCUUAUACCUACACAGAUAAUAGAUCUAUCGCAUAGUAUAGCAGAAAUAAUCCUUAAGAAUAGAGAGGAGGAAGCAGCAGCAGCAGCAGCAGCAGCAGCAACAGCAGCAACAGCAGCAACAGCAGCAGCAGCAGCAAGGACAGAUGCAGAAGUAGAUGUUGAUGGGGAGGAUAAUACAGAAAAACAGCAGCAGCAAGAUAUAGAAACAGAUGCAGCAGCAGCAGCAGAUACAGAUGCAGCAGCAAAUGGUGCAGAUACACCGCAAGAAAAAAAGAAAAAAGAAGAAAAUAAACAAAACCCUAAACCCUUUAAUCUAGAGGAAGAAUUAAUUAAUCUUAUUGUCUCUUGUGCUGCUAAAUUACCCGUCAAAACGGUGAUAGAGGUUGUGAAGAGUUUGUUGCAAGCAGCAAAUGAUCUUCCCCAAACCACCGCGGAGCAUAUAGCACAUACAGCUAUGAGUUCGUUACCAUGGUUAAGUAUAAAAAUGUAUGAGGCUCAUCAUGCCUCAUUGGUGGAGGUAUUAGAUUGUCCAAAUACAAACCCUGAUAAAAAUACAUCUUUAUUAUUAGCAGCAACUCAGCCCUUUACGGGGCCCCUUGCAUCAGGGGGCCCUAAUAAUGAGGUUGGGGGCCCCCAUGGGGGCCCCCAAGGGGGCCAACAAGGAGGCCAACAAGGGGCACAAGAUAAUAAGGGAGAUACACAAGAUACAAAAGAAACAGCAACACUAACCACCACUGAUCGAUUGGCGGCUCUGUUAGAUGCUAUUGACUCCAUGAUUGACGCGGAGUGGCAUUCUCGUUCAACAUUACGUUUCUAUCAAUCUAAUGAUUUGGGGCCCCUACUGUACCCAUCAACAGGGGAGGGGCCCCCCUUAUUAGAUUUACCGCCUAUAGAUAUACAAACCCUAAACCUCUCUUCCUUGCGUAUGCCUCCAUUAGAUACUGUCCUUAGAUUACCCGCAACCCUUGAGCAUGUUAAUGUUCCUCUACCUCCACACGACCAGUGGAUACUAGAGGACCAUUUUCUUACAACAAUAAGGAAUUUUUUGCCAAAUAUUUCUCUUUGUGCUGAACAACUUCUUCGUGUUCCUGUUGAUCAUCCCCAAUUUGAAUAUGUACUAGUCGAGACAUUAUCGGAUUUCUUUGGUUAUUGGCUAAAUGUAUGGGGAGGAGGAAGUAAUUUAUUAGAGGAAUUAGGAGGAAUAGGCAAAAUACCUCCAUCUAUUAAAUUAUUUUUGUCUCUUUCCUUAGAGAAAGCUAUGCGAAUUAAUUAUCCUGAUGCACUUGCCCUUUCUAUCCCUAGUUGUGUAAAGAAUCUCUUACCCCCAAGAGUAGUACCGCAAAACCCUUAUUUAUGUCUAACCCCUGCCCCUGCUGGUAGUAGGGGCCCCACAGAGGAGGGGGCCCCUGGUGAGGGGGGCCCCCUAUUAGGGGAUUCAUCAGGGGAUAUAUCAGGGGGCCCCCAGGGGGCCCCCUCUUCUCCUGUAGGUAUUGCUGAGUUUUCUUUAUUAAGACAAAUGUUACGCUUUUCUUUUAAUGGGGAAGAAGAGAAGAAAGAAAAUAUAAUUGGGGUGUAUAGGCUCCUUGUUGCAUUAACAGGGAGGUAUAAGAGUAAGGGUCCAUUAGAGCAGCAGCUGCUGCAGCAACUGCAGCAGAAACAGCAGCAGCAGCAGCAGCAACAACAACAACAACAGCAGCAAGAGGAUCAGGAAAAGGAGCAGCAAAAAGAUGAGGAGGAAGAAGACACAAGAAAAGGGACAGAGGACUCCAUGGACACUGACGGAGCGCCAGCAGCAGCAGCAGCAGCAGAAACAGAAGCAGCAGCAGCAGCAGCAGGAGGAGAAGAUUCAUCUGAAGCUCCUGUAGCUGUGGAUACAGCUGAAGACCCCGAAGCAGCAGGAGCAGCAGCAGGAGCAGCAGCAGCAGCAGCAGCAGGAGAUGGUGAACGUAUAGAAGAAGACCGACCAUUAUUAUCAGGACGGGAAGGAGAAGAAGGAUCAGCAGCAGCAGCAGCAGGAGGAGCAGCAGCAACAGGAGCAGCAGGAGGAGGAGGAGGAGGAGGAGAUGAUAAUGAUGUACAGCAGCAGCAGCAGCAGCAGCAGCAGCAGCAGCAGCAGCAGCAGCAGCAGGAGCAGGGAGAGGGAGAGCAGCAGAUGGAGGAGGAGGAACACCAACACCAGCAGCAGCAGCAGCAGCAGCAGCAGGAAGAGAUCGAUAUACACCCGCCUGUUCUGCAGGCUAUACUUAAGUAUUGGACUACCUCCCAACAAAGGACGGCAUUAACUCUUCAUGCUUUCCUUAAGGCUGGCAUACUUAAGAGAGGAAGGGUUUUGGAGCUCCUGUGUACAGCAGACCAAGAGGCACGAGACUCGUGGAGCUACUUGGAGUAUAUUGAGACUGUACUCAGGGGAGCAAUUGAUGAAUGCGCAAAUGCGAGGGAAGCAGCAGAAGCAAAUGGCGAGCCAAUGCCAACAGGUACUGAGGCAGAGGAGGUGGGGGAUAAAGAUCCUCGUGUAGAUAACAUUCUUACUAUCAUAGAGCAGGUACAAAGACAUUACCCUUAA